AUGUUGCCACUCUUAAUAGCCCUUCUUAUUGCAGUAGCUGUCUUCUUCUAUAAGCGAAGGAAAGCCGUAGAAGCACCGGCACCUGUUUCGACAUCAUCACAAGGAGGAGGAGCGACGACAGUAUCAGAGAACUUACGCAGGCAAGUCGCAGAUCUCCCAGCAACCACUCCAGCCGUUGUUGGCCCAGAAUUGGGUGAAGCGCCUAAGUCGGACUCAUCAGGAUCUUCAUCAUCAGUGACUCCAGAUCCAAAGAACAAAAAGGAUGAGAAAAAGAAGUCAAAGUCGGGACAUAGGAAAAAGAAGUCUAAAAGGAGCAAGCGGGCACUGAAAUCAGGAAAACAAGGCUCUAGUGGAUCAGACAAAGGAAAAUAG